AUGGUAACACACGGUGGAAAACACAAGGAUGUUCGACACCUCAAACACGAGAGCGGCCCUCCAAAUUACGAUGCUGUGAACAUAAUCGUAAUAAAAGUACGGUUUUGUUUAAAUUUAAAGUAUCUGCUGUUUUUCUGGGAGAUACCUGAAGCCUUUCUUGCCGUAACUAAAUAUGACUCAAGAUUUUUCCUGUUCUGGAGGAGACAGAUUCUAGUCCAAAACUUUUCAGCUCCACCAUCAGACUUAGUUUCUGGUUUAAUUCCAAUGCGGUAUCUACGUAGGGCUUAUCGACUGUGGGUUUUGAAGCCCCUUCUCCAGAGAAGCAGUGCGUCGCAGCAGUGGCUGGAAGCCAAAGCAGCAUACUGCUCACUGAGACAGACGCGUGGGAGGGCAGGCACAGAAGGGCUGGAAGAAGAGAAGUACAAACCAGCAGCUCUGGCUGUGAAUCCAGAAUUAAACAAGAUUUACUUUCAGUUUGAUUCAGGGCAGUAUCAGGUGUUGGCACUGUUGUCAGUAAGCGUUUCAUUCCUUUUUUUGGUUAUACAGAUGAAACUUCUUUCUGCAACUCCUGGAAAAAUUGUUUGUGAAAUGAAAGUAGAGGAGGAGCAUACAAACAGAGGUGGCACGUUACAUGGAGGUUUGACAGCCACACUUGUGGAUGUGGUGUCAACAGCAGCGUUGCUGUACACAGAAAGAGCAGUGCCUGGGGUCAGCGUGGACAUGAACAUCACAUAUACUUCUGCUGCUAAGAUUGGAGAAGAGAUACUGAUUACAGCUCAGAUUUUGAAGCAAGGAAGAAAUAUUGCAUUUGCCAGCGUGGAUUUAACAAAUAAGGCAACAGGAAAGUUAAUUGCACAAGGUAGACAUACAAAGUAUCUAGGAAAUUAAUAUAAGAGAGUAAUUUAAAAAAUAAUAAUGUUGGGCUUAAGAAUCCCAUAUAGAAUUAUUUUCUCAUUUAUGCAAUGACAUCAUCUGCACAGAGUUGUGAUAGUCUAUAUAAAAGUGAAUUAGUCUCACUCCCAUAAUAUAACGAACAAAUUUCUUAAUGACCACCAGAAUUGCUACAAGCCUAAAAUUAGUGCCUAUUUUGGGAUGAACAACAGAGUGUGAUAGCAUGGGGAUGCAGCUGGCUUUUUUUGGUCAAGAUAGCAGAAGGAAAGAGCCCUUGAACUAGCCAUAUGGUUUACCAGCAUGACAGUGUUUUAAGAGAUCUCCGUUUUCUUUGCCUGUGGUGUCAUCAUCUGACAAAGCAACCCUGUCUUCAGGCCUGUCACAGUCACA